UACCCUGUAGAAAAAUUCAAUAAUUAGGCGAUGGUACUUGCAAAAGCCGAAAAUUUUCAACAAUGGGCUGUUAUGGUUGUGAGUAAAAAACUAGAAAAUUACUGCAAACUUUAUGUAGCCGGCUUGCGGGCAUCUAUAUACAGUCCUCGCUUCACUCAUUGAUGUCUGAACCCACUUUGCUUCUUCUCUCUGUUUCUGGAGAAAGUACUGUAUUAAUCUUUUUAUCACCAAAUCCCAACGAAUUAAAACCCAAAAAUGUGUUCACCAAGCAAACGCCGAGAAAUGGAUUUGAUGAAACUGAUGAUGAGUGACUAUAAGGUGGAGACGAUCAAUGACAGCAUGCAAGAGUUCUAUGUGGAAUUCAAUGGACCAAAAGAGAGUCCUUAUCAGGGAGGUGUGUGGAAGAUAAGGGUGGAGCUGCCAGAUGCUUAUCCUUAUAAUUCUCCAUUUAUUGGCUUUGUUAACAAGAUAUAUCAUCCAAAUAUUGAUGAAAUGUCUGGUUCAGUUUGUUUAGAUGUUAUCAAUGAAACUUGGAGCCCUAUGUUUGAUCUGGUUAAUGUAUUUGAAGUUUUUCUUCCUCAACUUCUUUUGUAUCCUAACCCAUCACACCCAAUGAAUGGAGAAGCUGGUGCUCUAAUGAUGCGUGAUCAUAAUACUUACGAACAAAGAGUGAAAGAGUAUUGUGAGAAAUAUGCCAAGCCAGAAGAUGCUGGUCUGGCCGCAGAGGAAAAAUCAAGUGAUGAGGAGCUGAGUGAAGAUGAAUAUGCAUCAAGCGAUGAAGCAGUAGCUGGACAACCUGAUCCUUAGGUGCAGAAGUGCACCCAUUAAUUGUCUGUUGUACAUUGUAUUCAGCUCCUGGAAAAUGGAACCUGAAAAAACUGAAGGCUUAUGGAAAAACUCCUGCCCCUUCUGUCUUUAUUUUCCAUGGAUGUUGUGUAAAUUAAUCAACUGUUGUACAUUGUAUUUAGAGUAUUACUUUUAACCCUCUA